ACACACAUGCACCAACUCCAACUCCUUUUUCUUAUCUCUUGGAAAUGGAAACCAAAUCAGAAAAUGGCAACUUUCUUUUCUUACCCCUACUGGCUGAUGAUUAUGACAGAGCUGAGAAGGGAGUUGGAUCCGAUCGAGUCAUUAGCACGGGCGAAACUUCCUUUCUGAAAACAACUUUUCAUGGACUCAAUGCUCUAUCAGGAGUUGGGAUUUUAUCGACUCCAUAUGCGCUAUCGUCAGGAGGGUGGUUAAGCAUUAUACUUCUUCUCUUUAUUGCAUGUACGACCUUCUACACAUCCUUGUUGAUAAAGAGAUGUAUGGAUUUUGAUCCAACUAUUACAAGUUAUCCUGACAUUGGAGAUCGGGCAUUUGGAACUUCAGGAAGAAUAUUGGUUUCGGUUUUUAUGAAUCUAGAGCUUUACAUGGUUGCAACCGGUUUUUUAAUUAUUGCAGGGGAUAAUAUACAUAGUCUGUUACCAGACGUAAACUUUGAGUUUUGGGGACUCGAAGUUGGUGGGAAGCAAAGUUUUGUCAUAAUUGUUGCUCUCGUCAUAUUACCAACCGUAUUGCUCAAGAACAUGAGCAUCCUUGCUUAUGUAUCAGCCUCUGCAGUUCUAGCUACUCUCGUGAUUAUUGGUUCAAUAUUCUGGGCAGCAACGUAUGAUGGUAUUGACUUUCAUAAAAGUGGACUACUUGUGAACUGGGGAGGAAUCCCUCUAUCUUUUAGCUUAUAUGCCUUCUGCUACUGUGCCCAUCCUGUUUUUCCAACUUUGUACACUUCAAUGAAGAAACCAAAGCAUUUUUCUAAGGUAAUGCUUCUGUGUUUUAUGUUCUCUACCGUAACCUAUGCAUCAAUAGCAGUUCUGGGGUACUCAAUGUUUGGCUCGGAUGUGGAAUCACAGAUUACCUUGAACCUUCAAACUGAAAAGUUUAGCUCAAGAUUGGGUAUAUACACUACCUUGAUCAAUCCAAUAGCCAAGUAUGCAUUAAUGAUGACACCAAUUAUUAAUAGAUUCGAGGAACAUUUGCAGUAUUGCUGUAAUAAAAAAUCAUUGAGCUACUUGACCAGGACUAUAUUAGUGAUAAGCAGUGUCAUUGUGGCCCUGACCAUACCCUUUUUUGGGUAUCUUAUGUCGCUAGUUGGAGCAUUUCUUAGUGUAACGACUUCAAUUUUGCUACCAUGUUCGUGCUACUUGAAGAUUACAGGCACUCACAGGAAGCUUAAUUUUGAGCUGGUCAUAAUAGGUUUUACAAUAGUAAUUGGGAUCAUAAUCUUUGUUACUGGUACAUACACAUCCAUGGCAGACAUAAUACGCCACAUGUAAUUGUGUAUUUUACUAUAUUUUAUGGUCAGUUCUACAGGUUUCA